AUGAAAUUUUGGCUAGAAUUCUCCUUGGCUUCCAAGUGGUGGUUAUCUUUGGUGUUAAAGCCAUUACCUACCCCCUCAAUUAAACAAGCUGUUGUAUACACACCUUAUUAUGUUGAUAAAGCUUUGGCAGAUGGUAGAGAAAUUGGACUUCCAAUCACCUUGGAACAUUUUUCCGAUGCAACCAUGGAGACAGCGCACAAGCGACCCAAAAAAGGAAAUUUCCUUUUUAGCGGUGGAAGGGAUGGCCCCACAGAUGUUGUUGAAUACCAAACAUGUGUCUUAACUCAGGUUUUUCAAAAUGAAAUUUACCACAUUUGGGAUAAAGGCAAUCAAUUGAAGUCAAAGCGACAUAAACCAACCGAAUCAGAUGAAUCAGAGACACAAGAUGUUAAAAGAAGAAAAGUUCAGGUAAAGUAAUUAGUAAUGUAAUUUGGGGUGAGGAAGAAUUUACUAAUCAUAGUAAACUUACUAAUAGCCUAGCAAUGCAUCACUCAAUUCCACCUGACAGAACUAGACAUUUAUUGUUUUUAUGAUACUGGUCUAAAUAUGUCUGGACUGAUAACUUUUGACUGCCAUGUAAUCAAUAUCAGGAUAGAAAUUACAAAAUUGACUGAUGCAUAGCAGACAAGGGCAAAAUCUUGCACCAGAUCUUUCUGCUGCAAACAUUUUCUCUUCUUUAUAAAAUACUUAGUCACCCCACCCAAUGCCUGCCUCCACUGGGAGUCUCCCUCACAGCCACUGUUUGUGUCGUCACUUUAUUCCUCCUCACAAGUGGCUGCUCACAAUUAGCUAAUCCCAGCUUGGUUAUCAAAACCCCAGAACAAGUUGCCCCAAUUUAAAAAGCUUCCCACAUAAUUUUACAUGCAAUGCUGCGAUUGGUUUAGCAGGAAAGGAAUGUUGUGGGGAGGAAUAUAAUGAUGGAAUACAUUAUUCACCAGUAAGCUGGUCUCCCUUGCAGCCACUCAUAGUGCAAAAUAUAGUGACAACACAAACAGCGGCUGCAAGAGAGUAGGUUACCUACUGGUAAACAAUAACAUAAAUCAACUAUCCUUAACAGUCAAUGUUUUUUCCACAACAGUUGCAGUAUGACCAGAUGUAUUGCAAAAAUACUGUCCUUUUGCUUCAAUGUAAUUAUCUGUGUACCCAGUUGAAUCUAGAAAAAGAAACCAAAACUAUAGCACUUUUUAAACUUUUGAUUAACAGAAGGCUUAGAAGCACAUUCGUUUGCAACUUUUCUUACUCGCUAAGUCGGUAAGCCUAUCUCUCUAUAAUCAGGUGAUAUAUUUUCCAACAGCACUCGCAAAUGUGCCUGCCUUAAUUUAAAUAGCUCCCAAGGGAACUUCAUAGAAGAUUGAGAUUUUAAGGUACCUGUAGUUGUCAAUUAUUAAAAUUUGUCAUAGUUACCUUUUGAUAAUGAGUUUGAUGAUGAUAGCUGUGAUUUGGUUAACUUUGAUCAAAACAAUGCUGGACCAUCAGAGCUAGAUGACCAAUUGGUAAUAUUCAUUUUUUUAUUGAUUCUGGAUAAUUCAUAAAUACGACAAUAGGUUAAUUACCCACUACAUAAAUUAUUUUUCUACAGCUUUCCAACCCAAUGAAUGAAGCCGAUGAAGAUGAUGUUGUAGCACUACCCAUUGGACCAGAUGAAAUGGCAUGCCUUGCAAAUACUGUUGGUUUCGAAACGGAAGGUCAAAUUAAUGUUUUCGAAAAGGUUCGAUGUGAAACAAACAAGUUGUUAUUUUCCGCAAUAAGCAAAAGUUCCCAUCAAAAUGCGUAA